GAGGAAUAAAUGACUGGUUUUUUAAAAUCACGUACCCUUUAGAUAGUUUUAUUGCAAUCUAUCCAAAGUUACUGUUGGUUUUUUAAAAUCAUGUACCCUCUAGAUAGUCUUACAACCUAUCCAAAGUUACUAAAAUCAUGUACCCUCUAGGUAGUAUUAUUGCAACUUAUCCAAAGUUAUUAGUUCGUUUUUUUAAAAUCAUGUACCCUCUUAGCCACGGAGUAGGAGCAUAUUCGAGACAUGUUCACCCAAGAUCAUAUUAACGUGCUCUUGCACUUGCCUUGCUCCGAUCACCGAGACGGUGUGAACUAUCCUUUAGAGUUCGAAUAUGUAAAUUAAGAUUUUCUUUCGAAUAUCUGAAUUAGGAUUUUGUUUCGGUAAACAUAGCAAAGCUGUUAUUAUAUUGAACCCAGAUGCAUCCUCGCUGGGUCCUUGAAGAACACUUCAUUUCUCUGUUACGAUCAUGUAAGACAGUUGCGCUGCUUCAGAAAGUUCAAGCCCAGAUUAUUACCCAUGGUUUUCAACACAAUGGAUAUGUAGCUACAAAUGUGGUAACUUCAUGGGUUGGUCUGAAGCAAAUGGCUCAUGCCCGCCAUCUGUUCGAUCAUUUUCUCGACCCAAAAGUGGAGCUUUGGAAUGCGAUUUUCAGAGGGUAUUUCCAUAAAGCGUUUUACAAGGAAGUGGUUUUCUUGUUUGGGAAAAUGAAGAGCAUGGGUGUGAGACCCAACUGCUUCACAUUCCCUCUUGUCCUCAAAUCUUGUGCGAAGAUCGGAGCAUUUGUGGAAGGUGAAGAGAUACACUCUGAGGUGAUUAAGGGAGGCUUUGAAGGGAACCAAUUUGUGGCUACUACGCUGAUCGAUGUGUACUCUGCUGGGAGGGCGAUUGGGUCUGCGUACAAGGUGUUUGUUGUAAUGCUUGAGAGAAAUAUAGUUGCUUGGACUUCCAUGAUUAGUGGCUACAUUUUGUGUAAUGGUGUGGCACUUGCUCGAAGACUUUUUGACUUAGCUCCAGAACGUGAUGUUGUGCUGUGGAACAUUAUGGUGUCUGGUUAUAUUCAAAUAGGGGAUAUGAAAGCUGCCAGAAAGCUGUUUGAUACAAUGCCAUACCGAGAUACGAUGUCUUGGAAUACAAUGCUGAAUGGUUAUGCAAAUAAUGGGGAUGUUGAAGCUUGUGAGCAGAUGUUUGAGGAGAUGCCUGAGCGGAAUGUUUUCUCCUGGAAUGGAUUGAUUGGAGGAUAUGCUCAUAAUGGGCGUUUCUUUGAAGUAUUGCGGUGUUUCAAACGGAUGCUAAUAGAUGGCCUUGUUGUUCCCAAUGAUGCCACCCUUGUCACUGUUCUAUCUGCUUGUGCAAGAUUAGGAGCUCUUGACUUGGGAAAGUGGGUGCAUGUAUAUGCUGCGACAAUCGGGUUUAAAGGAAGCAUUUAUGUUGGAAACGCAUUGAUAGACAUGUAUUCAAAAUGUGGUGUGAUAGAGAAUGCAAUGGAAGUUUUUGAAAGCAUGGAUUUAAAAGAUCUUAUUACUUGGAACUCUAUGAUUUGUGGCUUGGCAACUCAUGGAUGUGGGGCAGAUGCAUUAACUUUGUUUCACCAGAUGAAGAUCAAUGGCGAAAAACCAGAUGGAAUCACCUUCAUUGGGGUGUUGUGCUCCUGUACCCAUCUUGGGUUAGUUGAGGAAGGCACCUCUUAUUUCAACUCAAUGGUCAAUGAAUAUUCAAUUACGCCUCAGAUUGAGCAUUAUGGUUGUAUGGUUGAUCUAUUUGGCCGAGCAGGUCUUUUGGACCGAGCAAUUGACUUUGUGAAGAGGAUGCCAAUGGAAGCAGAUGCUGUCAUCUGGGCGGCUCUACUAGGCGCAUGCAGGAUUUACAAAAAUCUUGAUCUGGCUGAGUUAGCUCUUCAAAAACUCAUUUUGCUUGAACCCAAAAACCCUGCAAACUAUGUCUUGCUAUCAAAUAUUUAUGGAGAUCUUGGUAGAUGGAAAGAUGUUGCACGGUUGAAGAUUUUAAUGAGGGAUACCGGAUGCAAAAAAUUGCCAGGAUGUAGCUUGAUUGAGGUAAAUGAUAGCGUUGUUGAGUUUUAUUCCUUGGAUGAAAGGCAUUCUCAGAGCCAGGAGAUCUAUGGAGUCUUGAAGGGAUUGAUGAAAUUGUUAAGAUCAUUUGGUUAUGAACCAAAUAUCAUGGAACUCCAACAGGCAUCAUGAGAACCAAAGGGCCACAACCAAAUACCAUGGAACUCCAACAGGCAUCAUGAGAACCAAAGGGCCACAUGGAAAUGCAAAUGCCUUUUCAGUGUCUGAGAUGGUGUCUUAUGUGCUGCAAUUUCUUUGCAAUUUCUUUGCAAUUAUAACUAAUAUUUAAUUUAACCUCACCUGUUCAUAGUGCCGAACUAAUCUAAAUACAAACUAAUAUUUUAUUUAUUGAUUGCAGUCUUUGGUUUGUAAUCCUUUGAUUGAUUUUCAGAAAUAAAACUCUCUCAAUCUUCAUUUUGCUUUCA